CGCGUGUUAUUCGGGUGCCCGUUAACGAACAUCCUCCGUCUGUCGCUCUCUCUGUGUCUAGAGAGUCAAGGCUCUUCCUUUUCAUGGUGCCUUGUUUGACGAAUUGUGAUGAUUGGUGAAUGGUGAUCACCCAAUCCCAAUCCCAAUCCCAAUCCCAAUCCGAACGCUGAUGCUUCUGCUUCUUGUUUCUUCUGGGUUCCUGUGAUCAAUCACUCCUUCCUCCAUCAUCCUGCUUUCUGCAACACAUUUUCCGUCCCCUGUAAAAACUACAAACGAGAAAGAACAGAAAACCCAGAAAAAGGAGCUGGGCAUUCAUAAUUCUUCAUCGAAAACAAGAGCCCCAGGACGAAAAGAAAGAACAGAAAUCAGGUUGUUGCAUGGAAGAUGAAGUCCUCCUCUGUAAGCACGGAUCACCUGUUACUUUUCGUGCAGAUUCGAGAAGCGGAAAAUCAUGUUUUUGUAGUAUUAUCCCGGCAGCUUGUCUGCUGUGUAUAUUAUUUCUCAUAGUGAGUGUAUACAUAUCAUCAUCAGAUUACAAAGAGGAUUCAUCGUCAUUUUGGAAAGUCACAAACAAUUUGCAAACUCUAAAAUACAAAUGCAAGAAUCAAAAUCGGCCUUACGGAAGUGAGCCACUUCCUCGAGGUAUUGUUGCCAAUACUUCUAAUCUGGAAAUGCAGCCGUUGUGGCAUGCUAAAAAGAAACCUUCGUUUAAAUUGUUGGAGAAGAAAGAUGCAAAUUCUUCAUCUAGUUUGUUUGCCAUGGCCGUUGGGAUAAAGCAAAAAGAUCUUGUUUGUAAAAUGGUCAAAAAGUUUCUGUCAAGUGGUUUCGUUGUGAUGCUCUUCCAUUAUGAUGGCAUUGUCGAUCAGUGGAAGGAAUUUCAAUGGAGUGACCAAGUCAUUCAUGUAUCUGCAGUCAAUCAAACUAAAUGGUGGUUUGCGAAGCGCUUCUUGCAUCCUGACAUAGUUGCCGAAUAUAGUUACAUUUUCCUCUGGGAUGAGGACCUCGGAGUUGACAAUUUCCACCCCCAACGGUACGUAUCCAUUGUUCAAAAGGAAGGGCUUGAGAUAUCACAACCUGCAUUGGAUUAUUCCAAAUCAGAGGUGCAUCAUCAAAUUACUGUGCGUAUGAGAGGAUCGGUAGCACACAGAAGGACUUACAAGUCAAGCAACAAUGGGAAAGGUUGUGAUGAAAGCAGUACAGCUCCUCCUUGCACCGGGUGGAUAGAAGUGAUGGCUCCUGUUUUCUCUCGGGCUGCCUGGCGCUGCGUAUGGUAUAUGAUCCAGAAUGACUUGAUUCAUGCUUGGGGACUAGAUACACAGAUUGGCUAUUGUGCACAGGGAGAUCGAACUAAAAAAGUUGGGGUUGUGGAUGCCGAGUACAUAAUCCAUUACGGCCGCCCUACACUGGGAGGACCUUCAGAUGAUCAAAGUGAUCACGUGACGAAAGAUAAAAUUCGUUGGCAGGAAUCGUCACCAUCAUCAAAAUCUACAAGAAAGGGCCACAGAGUUGAUGUGAGGCGGGAAUCGUACAACGAGAUGAAAGUGUUCAGAAGGAAAUGGGAACGAGCCAUCAAGAAUGAUAAAUGUUGGAUCGAUCCCUACGGGUAGCCAGUAAUUGGUUAGUGCUUGAGCGCUCCUAUCCUGUAUAUGAAUAUCGUCGUCCAUCGUCCUUUAUUUGGAGGAGGCUCAGAGCUCAGAAGUUGGUGUAAAAUUUGGAGGAUCAUUAUCCAAGGCAGGGUUUUAGGUCCCCUGAAUUUUGCCUCUUUUUUUUUAUUUUUUUUAACACAGUUGAAAUGUAAAUGUGAAUGUAGAAAUCAACUCCACUUUAUACUUGAGAGAGGCUUGGCCGGCCGGCCUCCUGUAUAUUGAUGACAACUCCUUCUCUUGAUGCU